AUGGCAAAGCUAUCGAAUCCCUUCGCGUUCACAAGAGGUCCCGUUACUAUCAUUGCCACUUUGAUUUAUCUUGCAAUCAUCGUUACCCUCGUUGUUAUUCAGACCAGUGUCCCCUCCCCACCAAAGUCACCCACUCCCAUCCAUGGCAUCAACUUGACAGAAGCCUGGCAGGACCUGCAGCUCCUUUCCUCAUCCUACCAUCCCUACAACAGUCGACAAAAUGACCACGUCCACAGCUGGCUGCUGGCCAGGAUACGAUCUAUUAUUGCAGACAACACUGCAGCCCUGAAAUCCUCAAAUUCAACUCCUAUUGCACAUGUCUUUGAAGACAAUACCUCCAACUUGACCAUGUCCUCCAGCGGGAUUCCACCUGCCCCGGGAGUGAGCGUCUAUUUCGAAGGCACCAAUAUCAUCGUCUAUGUUCCAGGCUCCGAAGACGAUCAAAAACAAUGGUGGAAAGACCCAAACGGAAAACCUUCUUCUCGACAAGCGGUUCUUGUCAAUGCUCACUAUGACAGCGUCUCAACAGGUUUUGGUUCGACUGAUGACGGAGUGGGAGUCGUCAGCAUUUUGCAGCUCGUGAAGUACUUUACAACCGCCAGCAAUAAGCCUAAGAAUGGCGUGGUGCUUCUGCUAAACAAUGGUGAGGAGGAUUUUCUAAAUGGUGCUAAUGUCUUCAGUCAGCAUCCCAUGUCCAAGGUGAUCAGCAGUUUCCUCAAUCUUGAAGGAGCUGGUGCUGGAGGACGAGCCGCUCUCUUUCGAAGCACAGAUGGGGCUGUAACUCAAGCAUAUGCCAAAAGCCCUUAUCCUUUUGGCACAGCCACCUCUGAUGAUGGAUUCAAUCGAGGCUUGGUGCGUAGUCAGACCGACUAUGUUGUGUUCAACGGGAAACUAGGAUAUCGAGGCCUGGAUGUUGCCUUCAUUGGCCCUCGUGCCAGGUACCAUACCAACCAAGAUGACAGUCGUCAUACAGGCAGAAGUUCUUUAUGGCACAUGAUUUCGGCAGCUGUUCCCACGACCAAAGCCUUGACAGAGGCUUCUAUAACUACAAAUUAUGAACCUGGCCAUACUCCUGGGCACUCUGCCGUUUGGUUUGACAUUCUUGGCCGAGGAUUCGCCAUCUUGCGGACACAUACUUUCUUCGCACUUUCCGUCACCCUUUUGGUGGCAGGGCCGAUAUUUUUGGUUCUUACGUUGGCUCUUCUUUAUCGUGCCGAUAAGUUGUAUCUGUUCUCCGGCUCGAGAUCAUACCACAUGCCAAAUAGCGACGACACGGUUCAGCUUCAGGGCUGGCGUGGAUUCUUCCGGUUUCCACUAAUUCUACUCGUGUCUUGUGCGGUCCCAGUUGCUCUCGCCUACCUCCUGUUUAAGGAAAACCGGUUCAUCGCCCAUAGUAGUGAGUGGGCAGUAUGGAGCACAAUGGCAUCCUCCUUCAUCGUCGUGGCAUGGUUCCUUUGCAGAGCAGCGGACUUUGGAAGACCUUCGUCUUUAGCCCGUGCGUACGGCUUGUCUUGGCUGUGGGUCGGUUGGUGGGCUAUCUUGGUUGCCUCUACUGUGUUCGAGGAACACUUCCACCUUCUUGGGACAUACUUUGUUCUUAUUUACACUGCAUCCGUCUGCAUUGCAACCUGGCUGUCUUAUAUUGAGCUAUUCUCUUUGCCCAAAAAGUCAACAUACUGUCGGGGAAAACUUGGCGAAGAGUAUUCCUCGCCACGCUCAGCGAGUCCAAUUCGAGAAGACCAUGGUGCAUCAGCCUCCGGCCGGGAGGAUGACACAGGAGAAGAUGGCGAGGACGAGCCAACUGAAACCUCGAGCCUACUCAAGAACCGUGGCCGGUCCACAUUCAAAGGUUACAGCCGACCAGCCGAUGAACAGAGCCCCGAAUUAACAGGCAAGGAUGAAGACACCGAUGGCUAUGAAGAGCAAGAAUGGAGUAAAUCCCAGUGGACCUCAUGGUGGGUGGUACAACUUCUUGUGUUGGUGCCCGUCAACGUCAUUAUUGUUGGGCAAAUCGCACUGUACAUGACGGAAGGUCUUCAUCAGACAGGUCAGGAUGGCAGUUCCAUGUUCCUGGUCUAUAUCAUGAUGGCAGUUUCGACAAUAGUGCUUUUCUCACCACUGGUUCCAGUUCUACACCGCUUCACCUGGCACAUUCCGAUCUUCUUGCUUCUAGUCUUGGUUGGCAGCCUUGUUUACAACUUAGUUGCGUUUCCAUUCUCAGCCGACAACAGGGUCAAGCUCUUUUUUCAGCAACAAGUUGACCUCGAUACUGGCAAUAAUUCAGUGUCGCUACAAGGUGUUCCUCCAUUCUUGCAAGAUGCAAUCGCGCAAAUACCUAGCGCGGCCGGGCAGGAAUUGACAUGCGUAAAGGCAGGCCCUUACAACAGCCUCAGAAAGUGCUCCUGGACAGGACUAUCGCCUAAUGUCGUAAAUCCUGCCUCGGGAUUGCCUUCGGAGUUCAAGUACAAAAGCUGGGUCUCUUUCAACUCGUCUCGAGUCAAUGGUAGUGACAGUGACAACAAAGCACGUUUUGUGGUGUCCGGAAGGAACACUAGGGCAUGCCAGUUGAUUUUCGACACUCCCAUCACGGCGUUCAGUGUGCAAGGACAGGCGCCUCGGGACAAGAGGUACCCGCCGGUGCCGGAAGGUGGCAGCAAAGAAAUUCGUUUGUGGUCAAGAACAUGGGACCGUACCUGGACAGUAGAUGUGUCAUGGGAUAGCUCUGAGGACAAGAACGGAACCAUAGAGGGCAAAGUCGUUUGCCUAUGGAGCGACGCCAACCAGAAUGGCGCCAUACCUGCUUUUGACGAGGUACUACAUUAUGUACCUGACUGGGUUGCGAUUUCCAAGCUCGCUGAUGGUUUGGUAGAGGGUUAUAAAUGGUUCACGGUUCAGUAA